GCUGCCAGUGUGAGAAUUAAGAUCUCUGUGAUCUGCUCUGCUCCAUCUCCCCAAGUGAAAGUGUUGCUAGUCAGCAGACUUUUCCUCCAGACAUCUACGCUGCGCUGACUUCGUUGUUUCAACUGAAAGCGGACAUGGCUACAGAACAAGCAGCACAGCUGAAGGCUGAAGUGGACGAGCAGAAGCAACAACAGGAAGUCCAACAGAUUGCAUUCUCAGCCGGUCUGCUGGCGUCUGGAGGUAACGCAAUAACUAUUGGACCCUUACCCGCGGACACUCCCCUGAUCUUCAAAUACGUCCCCACCAACAUCGGGAAUGCCUACAACUCAAACACGGGUGUGUUCACUGCCCCGGUGAGAGGAGCGUACCACUUUGAGUGGACGGUCAGUUCAAAUAAAGGACAGGAAUCAGGGGGUUGGUUGGUCAAGAACUCAGCGAAUGUUUUCUUGGCAUACCAGGAUGGCUCAGGUUGGAUGACUUCUUCUAAAGCUGCUACGCUGUUGCUGGAGGUGGGAGACGUGGUGUUUGUGCGCCUGAUGCCUAACACUGUGGUGUUUGACAACUUAAAUCACCACACCACCUUCAGUGGCCAUCUUCUGUUCCCCAUGUAAGACAGAAACAGCAGCUCUGUGAUAGUCACACAGGUUUUUGUUGUCUUAAACAAGU